AUGAUGCCGCUCUCUAAUGUUUUGGCCUUGUUGCCGAGGUUAGAUGCAGCAGGAAAGGAAACACGUUUCCAUGGAUUGAAGUUUUCGUGGGGUUUUGAUCAGUUCGUUAAGCUUUCAACAUUUAAUGAUGCUCGUCAUGGGUUCCUUCUGGACGACAGUUGUGUGUUUGGAGCAGAAGUAUUUGUCCGCAAAGAAAGAAGCAGAGGCACAGGAGAGCUUUUAUCAAUGAUAAAGCAACCCGAUCCUUUCGAGUACACUUGGAAGAUCAAAAACUUUUCCAAGUUGGAUGAAAAACGUCAAGAAUCAGAAAUAUUCAGCAUGGCAGAUCAAAAAUGGAAGAUAGUGCUCUAUCCCAAGGGAAAAGGUCGUGGAAUGGGCACCCAUCUUUCUCUGUACUUGGCUUUGGAUUUGGCAACCCUCCCUACUGGUUACAGACUAUAUACGGAGUACACCUUGCGCAUUCUGAAUCAAUUCUGGGGGAGGGAGUCAGAUCGUUAUGUUAAAGCUAAACACUGGUUUGAUGCCUCAAGCUCAGAAAGAGGAUGGGCAAGAUUUAUUUCACAGGAUAUUAUUUAUCAGCCAAACGGAUCCUAUGUUGUGAAGGACACUUGCAUAGUAGAAGCAGAGGUCACUGUCCUGGGAAUUGUUUCUGCCUUUUAG